GGCAACAUGACUGUGUCUCUCCUCCUCCUCCUCUUCUUCCUCCUCCUCCUCCUGUGGUGCUGCUGCUGAUUCUCCCUCAGAGCUGCACAGAGCUGCAGGAGAGUCAGAUCAGGAGCUCGGAGUGUGAACACGGAGACAUCUACAUGCAGGAGCAUUAAUCACACACACACACACACACACACACACAUACCUCCUAGAGAACAAUGUACUGAAAGAGAGAGAGAGAGAGAGACGGUUUUAUUCGGAUGAAGUUGGACAGUUACUCAGAGGAAGAGCAAACACUUUACUGCACCUGAACAACGCCCCCUGCUGGACGGGAAGACUCUGUGUGUGUGUGUGUGUGUGUGUGUGUGUGUGUGUGUGUGUGUGUGUGUGUGGAUCCAGCCUGCAGGUCAUGAGCAGCAUAAAGAGUCAGUUGGGACAGGAUGUGGAGAAACAGGGCAUCAAACUGCCCAAGAAGUGGAACGACACCAACAGUAAGAUCCCCACAGACCGGACCAUGGUGGUUGGAGGGGGCGUGGUAGUGGGAGGUGGGGGCGUGGUCGUGAGCGGGGACUCUUCAGAGAUUCCUCGCAAGCGUAGACAACGUUACGUCGAAAAAGACGGGAAGUGCAACGUUCAUCACGGUAACGUGCGCGAGACCUACCGCUACCUGACAGACAUUUUCACCACACUUGUGGACCUGAAGUGGCGCUUUAACCUGCUGGUGUUCACGCUGGUCUACACCACUACAUGGAUCUUCUUCGGGUUUAUCUGGUGGCUCAUCGCGUACACACGUGGUGACCUUGAGCACGCAGAUGACGGAGAGUGGACGCCGUGCGUGGCCAACCUCAACGGCUUCGUCUCAGCCUUCCUGUUCUCCAUCGAGACGGAGACGACCAUCGGCUAUGGCUACCGCGUCAUCACGGAGAAGUGUCCUGAGGGCAUCGCGCUGCUGCUGGUGCAGGCCAUCCUGGGCUCCAUCGUCAACGCCUUCAUGGUGGGCUGCAUGUUUGUGAAGAUCUCACAGCCCAAGAAGCGCGCCGAGACGCUCAUGUUCUCACAGAACGCCGUCAUUUCCAUGCGCGAUAACAAACUAUGCUUGAUGUUCCGUGUAGGAGAUUUACGCAACUCACACAUCGUGGAAGCGUCGAUCCGAGCCAAACUGAUCCGUUCCAAACAGACAAAAGAAGGCGAGUUCAUCCCGCUGAAUCAGACCGACAUCAACGUGGGCUUCGACACCGGUGACGAUCGGCUCUUCCUCGUGUCUCCGCUCAUCAUCUGCCACGAGUUUAACGAGAGCAGUCCUUUCUGGGACAUCUCACAGGAGCAGCUAGCGCGGGAAGAGUUCGAGAUCGUCGUAAUUCUUGAGGGAAUGGUGGAGGCCACAGGGAUGACGUGUCAGGCACGCAGCUCGUACCUGGACUCUGAGGUACUCUGGGGAGAGCGCUUCACCCCUGUGCUCUCUCUGGAGGAGGGAUUCUAUGAAGUGGACUACGACACCUUCCACCAGACCUACCCCACUCCCACGCCCACGUGUUCGGCACGAGAACUCGCCGAGCUCGCCAAAAAAGGGGAAGACAUCCCUCUCCCUCCGCUCACCCCUCCCAUCCUGAACCAGGACCAGGACAGGGACGGAGAAAAAGGAGAAGGAGAGUGGGAUGAGGACGGAGAAGUGGAGAGCGUCAGCAACGGUGACGUGAAAAAAAUGGACACUGAAAAACAUUAAACCACAGAGAAAGACUAACACGAACCCUUCCUGUAGUGCGCACUACCUAGGGGUGUUCUGUCCCAUUACACCACAACAUCUCAUUAGAGUUUAUAGCAAUACUAAUCCGUUUAUUUGAACGUCACUCUGUAGAUCUUCUCUUCAUCUCAGUGAUGAUCACACUGGUGUUUAAUAGAAAUAAACAUUUAGAAAUGUCACAACUUUAUAGAACUCUAUGUAGCCUAAUAAUAAAACCAAACACAUUAGGAACACAGCCUAGCUAAGGCACUGAACAUCAGAUCAUUACAUCUGUGACAUAAAUAUGAUUUUAAUCACCAUCUAUGAGGUUUUCCUUAGCAAGCUGAAGAUCAGCGUCAGACUUGGAUUCACAUGUUAGUCUCCUCAUUUCUCCUGAACUGAACAGAAGGGUUAAAUGUGCUGAUGCAGAGUUUAUGCUUAUUCAGAUAUUUACACAAAUGCUGUGUCAUCAAAAUUAGAAGUGUGUUCCACUGUUCCAGACAAUCCACCGAGCAACUGUAGGAUCACACGCUGUCUCAUUCUUUAUUAUAGAAUAUUAUAUCAUAGAUACGUGAUUAAUAAACUUCUU